AUGGAGCAAAUCCUCAUCUACGAGUUCAUGCCAAACCACGACCUUGAGAGCUGGAUCGGACCGGGCGCGUCCGUUCCGCUUUCGCUGCCCCAGCGGCUGGAUGUUCUGAUUGGAGUGGCAAAAGGGUUGCAGUAUUUGCAUGACUUUGGGAUCGUGCACCGGGAUAUUAAGCCUGCAAACAUUCUACUUGGCGCAAAAAUGGAGUCCAAGAUUGCAGAUUUCGGCCUUGUGAAGCUAAGUGGAGGCACGACCAUGGGAACAUCCGUGGCUGCUACGAGAGUGAUGGGAACUCCGGGCUAUGUGGACCCUGCGUAUUACAAGUCACACAAAGCCACUCCAACAGCAGAUGUGCACAGCUUUGGAGUGGUGAUGCUUGUGGUGAUCACGGCUCGCAAGGCAGUUCAUGUGACAGAGGACGCUCUAUUCAACCUCAAGCAAUGGGUGGCUCCCCUGGUGGCAUCAAGCAACGUAGCAGCCUUCAAGGAUCCGUAUCUAACCGCACCAGACGAUCUGAUCCUCCGCGUGGCUCGCCUGGCCCUCUCCUGCACGGCCAUGCCCACGGCAUCUCGCCCCACCAUGAGCCAAGUAUUGGUGGAGCUGGUUAAGAUGAGGGGGGAGGUUGUGGAGGAGAAGGGGAGCAGGGCUGCAUCGCGCAUAGAUAGAGAGAUUGAUAGCUCCGCUGAGGCUGAUUUUGAUGCCCAGAUGGCUCGCUUGGAGCUUGUUGGCAGCCAGAGUGACCCAUCGACUGAUAUGGUCUGA